AAUAUCACCAGUUUGGUUUGACGCCAUUUACGUUCUAACUGUCAAGUUAUCUGUUUUAAGGUACCUGUUUGAUUGUUAUACCAGGGUGCUAAUUUUUUCUCUCUAAUUAUUUUUCUUUUGAGUGGAGCCACUCUAUCUAGCGUGUAGCGGAGUGCUGACUCUAAGCUUUCAGUCACCUGAUUGAGUUCUAUCGGAACUGACGGUGAUCUGACGGUGAUCUGACGGUGAUCCAAAUCUAAUUGAUGUUUCUGAGAGGUUAUAUCCACCACCAAUGUUGGUUAUUGCUACUACAAAAUGUUAAUUGUCUUUUAUUAGUACAAUAUUUUGUGCGAAUUCAAUUAGCAUAUUACAUUAUGUUAUAAUGAAUGUUUUUCCCCCAUGAUAUUCAUUCAUUCAUUCAUUCAUUCAUUCAUUCAUUCAAUGCUUUCUCCCAGUCAGGGUUGACAGUAAUUAUUUCUUUGUCCACCCUCAGAUUCAACUGUCUGCCAAGGACCUUGAAGACGAAAUGUGUGUUAAUCACCAUCUCCAAUUACAACUUCACAGAGUUCUGAAGAUGCUGAGUAAGGCUAUGGACUAAGUUGCAAUAUUAGAAUCUGAGGUAAGACUCACAAAUGACAGUACAUCCACCGUACAGAUCAAGGCAUAUUAAGUAUGGAUUGUUGAGUCAUGCUGUGCAUGGUGGACUGCAGAAAGCACAGAUAGAGACAUCAUCAUCUGUGUCAAAAGCCUACACUGUACUGGAGAGAGUUCCCAAGGAAAGUCCUUAGCGCUUUUCAUCACCCCCAAGAGCUCACAAUCUCAUGGAUGAGAGUUUUCUGGAGCGUCCCAUUUGUAGAGCUCAGUAUCCAACCAGUCACCAUAGAGAGCUUCUGGUACAUUUUGACAAGUGCUUUGGUACAAAUUAAUGUUAAUUAAUGUUACCAAAUUAAAGUUCACACCAUUUUCAUUUUGAAAACAACUAAAUGUGUAUUAGAAAUAGUCUAGAUUUUGAUAUAUAGUAGAUGUUCACUAAUCACAAAUCCUAGGUUUCAUUUAUGCAGAAAUGUUUAAUGAUCAAUAUCCUCUGCUAUAUGUAUUUGCUGGUUUGUUUACAUUUUCUUUCAAUUAAACAGUUCUUGAACUUCUGCUUCUUUCAAUAUGCACUAAUAUCAGUAUAUCUUUAUGAUAUAUCAGUAUGUUUUUCAGACCAUAUCAGUUGAUCAUUUUAGACAAAUUGACUCAUUGCAGUAUCUAUUGCCCUGCAGUUACUGAAGGUAUGUAAAUAAGUGGUAAAUCAACUCUUCCUAACACUUAAAACUAUCACCUCCUAUAAUUACUCUACAGUGAUGUCUUCAAUCAGUUAGAAGGAAUUUCUACAUGUUCCAAAAAGCACUACAGUCAUCUCAGUCUCCAGAAAUUCAAGAAAUAUAGGACUAAAUAAUCGCUAAACCAUUUAAGCUGACUUCAAUCACAAGCAGGCCUGGAUUUGCUAAUCGGGAGCACCGAGAGAAUUUCCGGUGGGCCGCGAGGGCCAGUGUUGUCAUGGCACUGGGUUGAAAUAUGGAUAAUGUCCCUAGGCUGCCUGCACUAUUUUGCCGCAGCCCCACUCUUUUUAUUUAAUAUUUUACCACAGCCCCACUCUUUUUAUUUAUUAUUUUUUCCGCAGCCCACUCAAAGAGUGCAGCCUGCAGUUUAAUGAUGACGUAAUUAUCUUUUGACUCCCCCGACAGCGGCACCUUGCUAAAAAAAGAAACUUUACUUGUAAACUUCAGUCAGUGGUGCUUGUUGUUGAUGCAGGAUAUAGGCUAAAAUGGAAAAUAGAAAGUGCAAAGGCAGCGAUGAAAAGGCAAGAUUUUUUUUUAAAAAGAAAGCUCUUCAAACUGACACGGCCAAAUGUACAAAACAGCAGCUUUUUCACCAGCACACCAAAUGAGGACGAUGAGAUGACCGGUAAACUAACGUUAAGCUAGUUAGGAGCAGUGCCAGAUGCUAGCAGCUGUGCAAAACAACAUUGUCUGCAAACCACCGUUCAUGUUUAUGCAAUACAUUUUUUCUUGUAGCUCUUCAGCAGCAGCAGCAGCCUCUAUUGCUCAUUGAGUUAAUAUAAGAAUUAGAAGAAUUAAUAUUAAUGAAGAGUAUGGUGUAGGCUACACCUGCUCAAUAAAAAAUGCCCUGAGAUAAUGAAUGAUACCAGAUGAUUCAGCACUACAUUAGUGAAACUGACUUGACUUGAUCAGAAAGCUUUGUAAGAAGGGGAGAUUUGUGGUGAGAAAUAUGACAAUUUGUAAAAUUUGAUUUAGUGUCCAAAGCAGAGCCAGGACCCAGUUGUAGGCUUAUGCAGGAGAUUGUUGCUUUCACUGUGGAAGACACAGGUAAGCUGUUGUACCACAGUGUGUGAAUAAGCAAACAUGAUCACAUUAGUUACAACAGGCCUAUAACAAUUUUCUAUGCCCAAGUGUUAGUGACCCAUUAUGUUUUUUUUAUCAAAAGAUAGUAGUCUAAAGAUACAAAGCCCAUGAUUGAAAGGGAAUAGGAUAAAAGUCAUAUGAAAUAAGCCUGCAUAUUUUGCCAUUUGGAUAUUUUAGUAGUUAAAAUAAAACAUGCUUUUCAUGUCAAAUAUGUUAAAGAUUACAGAAUGAUUUUCAUUGUGAUUAAUUUGCACUCGAGUCUAGGGAUACAGAAGGAAAUGUGAAAGGGAGAGUAGAGUCUACUCAGGGACUGAUAACAGAGGCAACAAUUCAGCAGCAGAACCCAGAGCCACAAGCUAGGAACAAGGCAGAUGAAGAUGAUUCUGUUGAUAGUUUUGAUCAUUUUGCUCGACCUCAGUCACAAGAUAUACAUACAUUUUUUUCUUACCAUCCUCAACAAACCCCAAAUGUUCCUAUACCAAAGAUUUUCAAGAGCAAAGAUGGAACAAACCGCAAGUGGCUGACUUACUGUGAAAAAAACAAUCUCUGUACUGUUCUGUUUGUUUGGCAUUUGCACCUUUGGUAGGCGAUGGCCUUUUCAUAAAGGAAGGCAUGAAAGACUGGAAACACAUUCACCAAAGGACUGAAAUUCUCAUGUCUUUGGACAAUGACACUGUGAUAAAUAAAGUUGCAGAGACCAGUGCAUUGCUCAGGCGUUUAUUAAUGUUUUAGGGUUGGCCAUGUUUCCUUGAAACAAGGGCGUAACCAUGGUAUGGACAUUGGGGGGUCCAAUCCCCCACCAACAUCCAAAGUUUGAUACUGAAUAUUUGCAUAUUUAGAACAUAGUUUUAGGAUUACAAUUACCAUUUGAAUUCACGUGAUUUCUGAGUGAUUGAAGCUCCCACAGCAUGGGGAAAUUGUGGGGUGCUGUGGAUGUCCUGUGGGCAGAUGUAUUCUCUGCUCCAUAACCUACCAUGAAACCCACCACACCAAGUAGAGGCGAGCUAAGAUGUGUGCAAGCAAACCACACACGCUAACAUUUAAGCAUACACUCAUGACUUUUAAACAAACUCAAAAAGGAUGGCUACUUAUGAAACUAAAUUCAACACUAUAUAUGUUGUAAAUACAAUUUCCCCACGGAUGCUUCCAAGCAAAGGUGUUCAAAGGGAAAAACAUUUUAGGAAAUUUUCUAAGAUAGUUUUCUAAGAAUGUUAUACAAAAAUGUAGAAUCUUUACAGACACAUGCAAGCAGGCUACUUCCAAUUCACCUCUUACAAAGUAGUGAAAAUGCUAUCAACAUAAGAAAUGGUUCAUUUACUCAAAUAUUUUUUUAUUUCAACAAGGCCCACUAGAUGGUGCUAAAAAUGCUAGAAAUGGCAACUGAAUAUUCUGUUUGUGUAACUGGUGUCAUUUAUUAUGUUAAUGUCAUCAUGCAGAUUAGCUUGCUAUGUAAUAAGUGUACAAAGUGUACAACGAUAUAUAGUGGUAACCUGAAACGUUAGCUAUGUAAAGGGUAUUGGAGUUGUCUUUUCUUAAUUCUAAAGACAAAUUGCCAUAACUAGUUCUGAAUGGAUAACUAUAAUAUGGCCACAACUCAGACGUUAGUUCCAUAUCUCUCGUUGCCAAGCAGGACAUCUCAGCAUUAUGCUGAGCCUUAUAUUUGUAAAAUCACUUAGUUGUCCUUAGCCCAAAUGUAGUGUAAAGGAACAAAAUGCUGUGCAACUUUCCUCACUUUCACUCGCAUAUAUGACAGUCUGUCACAACGUAAGGGUUCACAACGAACUCGGCGGGAGGAUAUGCAAGUGAAUAUACGUUAAUGGUCAAAAACUGGAACUGACGUUAGCCUAGCCUACUUCGUGGGUGUGUAAAUAUCAAAAGUUAAUUGACGUUCUUAAGAACAAACCAAGCCAUGCUAUGAUGCCUUCUAUACUAAGCUAAGGUUACCUACUAUUUAGGUAUCAAGUUACGUACUGUCUGAAAAAAGCUUAUAUGUUCUGCGGCACUUUCUACGAUUGGCUGCUGUCUCCAUUACUUACAGACGGAGCGGCGAAAAUAUAUCAGUGAACUUGCAAUGAGUAUGGGCGCAACCAAGUGUACAAUUGGAAGGGGGGGGGGGGGCACACACCGAUUUUCCUUAACAAACAGAAAUAUAUUAAAAAGGAAUAGAUAUGAAUAAAUAGAAUAGAUGAAGAAAAGACAGAUCCGUUGGCAGGGUUCAUUAAAGGGGGACAUAUAGAAAAUAUUUUGUACUGUAUACUGGAGGGACAGAUUGGUAUUUCCUCAACGUUGGGGGGACACGACCCCCCACCCCCACCCCCAAAGAAUGCGUGGUUAUGCCUAUGCCUUGAAGCUACACUUAUGCGGAGGAAAGAGAUGAAGCCGUCAUAAGAAAGUUAUACUGUGAAAAGAAUUCUUGCAGAGAACAGUGCAAUGCUUGUUUUAUUCUUUAUUUGCGUUUAAGGAUUGGAUAUGUGUGAACAAUUCUGCACAGAAUAUAUAUUCAGAUAUUGCAGAAAAGGACAAUGUGAUGUUUUAAAGAAUAGUGUUGGAGAUUUACCCUUUAACUAAUGUUCUCAUAUUUGUGUUGAAGUUGUAAAGCAGCCGUUUGCUUAACUUAUGCAAAGGAAAAAUAGAUGAUGGUGUCAUUAGAAAGUGCAAUAUAUUUUAUUUUAUUUUUAUUAUUUUUUAUUAUUAUUUUAUAUUUGUAUUUAUUUGAUAUUUUUUCAUUUCAAGGUUUAGAUAUUUAUUAACACUAUUAUUUAUUUAUUUAUUUAGUUAUUUAUUUUUACAGAAAAUAGAUUCUGAUACUGUUAAACAUUACAUUGUGUUGUUGUAAAGAAUACUGUUGUUAAAUAAAUCUUCACUGUGAAGCAGCACUAAGGCUACUGUAUUUGCACUGAAUUGGAAAUGAUGAUAUUUUUGAAAAACACAAUGAAUUACAAGGCUGUAGAGAACAGUGCACUAUUGCAGACUUAUAUACUGAGGUUUUAAUUACAUUAUUUUAAUAUAGUCAGUCGUAAACUAAAGUGGGCCGGUCUAAGGCAUGAAUCUCCAGGGCUGAAAAUGAGCAAGUUAUGUGUGCUUACCUUCUAAAAACCAUCACGGACACUAGGAUGGAUCCCUUGCACAUUCUCAACAAUACGAUGAAAAUUGGAGAUGAUUGUGGAGGUCAGAUGAGAUUCACAUUCCCACUUUAUCUUAUAGCAUUUUUCCAUGAAUGAGGUGCCAGUACUGGUUUUGGAGCCAAUGCCUAACCCCAAACUCCAGUAAAACUUUCAACUGUUGCCCCAAAAUUGUCAGCAAAAUUGUUCUGUCCCAGCAUCAAGAUGGUGCUGGUCUGGAACCUAGAACCAGUGAAGCGAAUUGUUUAGAGGGCAACAUCAUUUCAUCAUUAUGAAAACUUAAAUACUUGGGCCCAGUUGCAUGAAAACCCUUAAAUGGUUUGACUUAAGAGUAUCCCUCAGGGGAAGCCAAUCCCUGAGGUAAGGGAUUUCUUUAAGAGAGUUGCAACAAACGUUUUAAAUGUCAUCUUUACCAAAGUGUUUAUACUUAGCAUUUUGCGAUAGUUUCUGGCAAAGCACAGCAAUAGGGAAGUGGUUGCUAUGCUUACGAAAUCUCCCACAAUAAACAGAACAUAAUGGACCAUAAAACAAGUUUAACUUAUCCUACACCAACUGUACUACAAUAUUUCAGUUAUGGAAAAUAGUAACAGUACUGAAACCAAGAAAUGUAAACCAAACUGGACUGAAGAUGAAAAAAGCCAUUCUUUUAGAAGAAUAUGGGAAAAGAAAAAACUCCCUCCAAAGCCGCUUUAACCCAUAUGUCACUCAUGCGCACAAGACUAAAGCCUGGCAUGAGAUAACGAGAUAACGGAAAAAAAUAAUUCAAGAAAUCUUGCCAUCAAGCACACAAUAGAAGAAGAAAUGAAAAGUAUGAAAAUGUAUUUGUGUGUUCCAGAAAGAAAGAAAUAACCAUAAAAAGGAAUCGGGAAAAACUGGUGAGUUAGUGGCAUUGAAGCUGAAGUGUUUUACAUCAACCUUACUUUUUGUAUCAAAAAGAAUAGCACGCUUGGUAUGAUAGAGUUUAGCAAAUAUUUCCUUGUGUAAAGGAGGAGAGCCACUGCCACAAGACCUGUCCGUGACAGCAAAACUGGUCCAAGACAUUAUAGGGAAGGAUUCUUCUACUUUAGUUGGUAUUGCAGACGUUCCUCAAAGCAACUCGGGAAGCAGGUACAAUAACGUUGAUGAACGCUAAUAAUGUUUUGACUUAAUAUUUUAGCCUGCACUUUGUGAAAUGUAUUUUGCUUUGUAAUGCAGUCUCUUCUUUGCUCUGAUACAAAAAGACAUUGAGCUUGGGUAAGACGCUAUAUUAUGUGAACUUUUUUUUGAUCACUAAAAAUGUACCUCGUUACUUCCGUUUGAGUUCAGCAUAUGAUUUAAGGGACCUGUUUUGGUCCCUUCAUUUUUUUUUUUUUUUAGGGUGAAAUGGUUGCUAAGGACUUUGUAGCAACACAUAACGGAACUUAAGGGAACACUUAAGCAAUUAAGGGGAAAUAGUUAAUGAUGGCCUUAAAGUAAUUUAAGUGGACCCUUAGGGUUUUUCUUGCAACCCAUGUUUGACUAAGGGAAUCCUUAACCUUAUAAUUUAGGGUUUUCUUAACUUAAGGGCUUAGUUGAAACCCUGAAGCACUUUCAUGACCUCAAAAAAAGUGAAGUGAGUUUUAUUGAUCAUUAGAAAAAGACAUAUAUUUAAAUAUGCAGUCAAUAGAGGGAGCACCACAACCAGGAUACAUUUCAAAAAGCAAUAACAGCAUGUCUCACUGAUCUUCCACAUAUCUGCGCUGUUUUACCUUGGAUAUUCUCAAAGCUCAUAGAAAGAAAUGAGUCAAAUCAUCUACAGCUGACAAAACAGCUAUAAAGUUCCUGGUAACGAAAAUAUAUUGAUUACUAAAUGGACUUUUUGCAAAUAUUGUGCAAGUAGAAUAAAAUGACUGAGAAGACAGGAACAAUACUGUAUUUACCCAACAGGGCAAGUGUUAUUGUAAUCGCUUUUUAAACACCUCUGUUGUCAAGGAGGUUUUCAUGGCUUUGAUGCCACAUAAGAUUAAAGGUGGUUUAUGUAUAUUACAUUUUUAUCUUACGGACAGUCAAAAAAAGUAUUUCACUGCAUGCUGUACAUUCUGUAUGGUUGUGCAUGAGAACAAUAAAAUUUUUAUUUGAAGUUGAAGUAAUGUAGUAAUCACAUAGCCAAGCCAGCUAGCGAGCGCUAAUGACAUUUUGGAAAAUCAAUAGAGAGCUUGGAUUGCACCAACCCCCUGCAAAGUCCCCCAAAAUAGAGCGUUAUGUGCCUUUUUAUAUCAAGAAUUAGUUUAUAGAGUUCAGGGCGGUACAGUUUUAUAUGGAUUUAACAAACAGCUGCAGGAAAAAGGAAGUCAUAAUUAUGGUAGGCAGGGUUAUACUAAAAGGGAUGACGCAAGGAGUUUAACUCCACAAAAGAUCCCAGUUCUAGCGUCACAGUCCGUGUCUCAGUGAGGGAAGAUGUUACUCUUGAUUGAACCUACAUCCCAUCUCCUUGUGCAGAACUUCUCCUAUUUCUCCUACUUCUGUAAAGUCUAACAUUCAUACUGGUUUGUACCAAUAAUUCAGACCAUGGUUCUACUGAUCCUCUUUUCAGUCUCAGUGGUUGGCAACCUUGGUGCGCUUAUACUCGUCAUCAAAGAGAGGCGACGAGCUAACAACACCAUCUUGACCUUGAACCUUUUUCUCGCUGACCUUUUGUUUAUCAGCACAGUCCCUUUUGUCAUUACUGUGAGGUGGACCAAGGCAUGGAAACUGGGCUCUGCUGCCUGCCACUUGAUCAUGUACUUUAUCAGCAUGAGUGGCACUGUUACCAUCACCACGCUGGCCGACAUCAGUAUUGAGAGACUGCUUGCAAUCUUGAAGAUGGAGACUACACCCAGCCUAAAACCAAGAUGGUCACUUGGAGUGCUGCUUCUUAUCUGGUUCUUCUGUGCUGUUGCAGUGUUACUGCUCUCUCUGUUCUCCAGGGUGAUACCAGUCAGCUCCUCUCAAGAGGGAGAAAUGCAUAUAUGUGCUCUGAUAUGGCCACAUUUAUUGGGCGAGGUUGUGUGGUGUGCUAUCUUCUUUGCAUUAGGCUUUCUGGUACCGGGUUGUAGCAUUGUAAUCAGUUACACCAAAAUCUUACAGAUCAAGCAGCGUUGCAAAAGGAGACUUCACACGACCACUUCACAAAGACAAGAACAGUCAAGUGCAGUGUCUAAACAGGACUUCAAACUUUUCCGUACACUCCUUAUUCUCAUGAUUUCCUUCUUCAUCAUGUGGAGUCCCAUCUUUAUCUUCACCUUUCUCAUUCUUACACACAACUUCCAAGUCCAUCUAGCUCUAACCUCCUCCAUGUUUGUAUGGGUGCUGACCUUUACCCUGGCUAACUAAGCCCUUAACCCGGUCCUCUACAGCCUCCAGCUGAGGCAUAAAUGGCAAAGGCUUUGCUGUGCAACAGCAGUCACACCAGCUCAAAGAGUUGCUACUCAGUAGGGAAUUAACACUACUUCUCUAAUUCCUGUUUUAUUUUAUCUUUAUCUAGUCAUUUGCCUAGUACUGGUUGUAUUACAUGUUUUACAAUGCCUUUUUAUUGUUAUUCUUAGGAUAUUUUGAUUAAA